AUGGUGAAGUCAAUGGCGUUGAGCAGAUCUUCAAGGUAAGUCAUAUAAUUAUCCUUGAAAUGUUUCCCAAAAUCUCAUUUUCCUUCACAUUUGAGGGAAAUUAUCACUACAUUCAUGCGGCUAUUCUCGUGCAUGAUACUAUUUAGUUUGUCAGGCGUCUUAUCAUUCUACUUCGUCUUCGUUCUGUUUUAGAUUAAUCCAACGAGCUCCGAUGUGAAAUAUCAGAAUGAAACUUUAUCGGUUGUUCCAUCAACGGAUGAUCGAUUUUAGCUUCAUAAAUAAUUUAGCUAAGACUAUUCUGUUUAUUCUUUUUACCAGAUCCAGGCUUGAUAAUUCAUGAUGAUCUGAAAUUGCAUUUCCUGAUAGUGAGUGUGAUUAAAACUCAACUAAAGAAAGCUUAUUAAAGCUAACUUUCAAAAAUCGCGCACUAUAAGAGGAAACAUAAGUUUAAUUAGUUCAUUUCCUUGACUACUGUCAUAAAGCGUAGCAUUUCAAAAGCUAAGACUUUGACAUUUCUGCUAUUGUGUUGUUUCCAUUUUUUUAUUUCUUUGAAAUUGUUACUAAUGAGCCAUGUUUUAGAUAAUACUCUGAAGUGAAAACAAACCAAGAAAAAUUAGAACUAAAAAGAGAUUGUAUUUGAAGUUAGAUGAUGUUGCCUAUCUCAUAUGAAGUUUUGAUAAUGUUUUAAAUUAUCAACGUUAGGCUAUGAAUGCAUUAUUCCGCUGCUGUUAUUCCUGAAAGUCUAAGUUAUGGGUGAAGUCUCUCUUCCUCAGCAAGGCCGCUUUUAAAAAUGUGUGAGCUUUAAACGUCAUUAAAGAAAAAUCUCACUUUUUUGAACAAGCAUAAAAUUAGCUGUGAGAUUAACAACAGCAUUUAGUUUCAAUUCAAAAGAAAGGUUUUUUUUGGAGUGAAUUUUAUUAAUAUUCUCUUCGUUUUUGUUUUCACAUAGCAAUGUUAUGUAUUGGACUGAACAGCACAAUAUUAUACUGUGCAGAGAAGUAGUGUUUGAAAAUCCCUACUUAUACAAAAAGGGGUCCCCCCAGCGCAGUGAAACUUGGAAGAAAAUUGUAGAUGUUCUAAACAAAUGUGCUUCUCCGCAAUUUAAUGUUGACCACAGAGCCAUCCGGGGCCACAUCAAUUUCUUGGUAAACAAGUACAAGAAAAAAAAAGAGCUGAAGAAAGAGCAUCAGGAAUAUCCCCAGAUGAGCUAA